GAAAAUGACCUGGUCUGCGUAUACCAGGGCAAUUACAGGGAACGUGAAAGCGGCCGCUCUGCAAAGUAAGUCGCCAUUCGGGCCGAUCACGGUGCACACUGACAUCGCCAGCUAUGUAACCGAUCUCGAGAAAAAGGUUGAGGAAUUGACCUCCAAACUUCGUGCUUCAGAGUCAACACAAGGCGCAUCUCCACGUGGCCCAGCCGCUGAGACAACGCCAUGUUCUAUGCCCAAUACUUCCACGCCACAGGAGAUGGCAAAGAUACCCGAGACACGCGCAGAAUCCGCCGACAGCGGCGAGAAUGAAAUCAACGAAUUCAAUCACCACACCAACGGCGUUGAAUUUCAUGGAAGUACCUCCUCAGCUGCAAUCAUCGGUCUUCUCAAAAAGGCCCGGGAGCCUAAAGGUCACGAGGAACCGCAUCCUCGAUCCGGGGACUGCUCUUCACUUAUAUCCACGCUCCAUAAUCCAAGCUUUUCACCGGCAUAUGUUGCCGCACCGGGACAGAUCCUAUCGAUUGAACAACACAACUACUACUUUGAUCAAGCGCAUAUUUUCAUGAAUGGAUAUUUUGAAAAUAUUCACUUUGUCCACCCGUUCAUUGACAAGGAAGACUUUUUGUUGCGCGCGAAUGAUUUAUGGUUCAACAGAUCGCGCACCCCCGAACCGAGCUUUGUCGCGCUCUAUCUGAGUAUUUUAUCAGUCGGAUCUUUAGUGCGCGUGUGGGAUGAAGGAACCCUAGCUGGACUAGGGCGCUUCGAAUGGAGUAGGAAGCUUUUCGCAGAGGCGCAAGUCUAUUUGAACCAUCUGAGGUUCUCAAAUGAUCUUGAAACGGUUCAAUGCCUCUAUGUUAUGGCCAAAGUUUGUCAGAAUGAACUUAACCCAAAUCUGGCCUAUAUGUAUCUUGGGCUGGCAGUGCGGACGUGCCUCUCUGCUGGGUUUAAUCGGGAUGUGCCGUCCCCAGGGGAUAAUGGGCAGCGCUCGGGCUGGAUCUCGAAGACCUGGGGACUAUUCUCAUUGGAAAUUGAGAUGAGUUUCUCUGUCGGAAGACCCGACACUCUCGGAAUGGAUGAGUAUCACAACAGGAGCAUCCCACCACGAGAUGAUUCCGAGUUUGCCAUCAUCCCAUGGAUGAUUGACUUUGCCCAGAUUAUUCGAAGGGUUUCUGUUCAGAUUUACCAUUCUCGGAUUUCAUUACAGGAAAAACUGCAGAUUGCCUUGCAGAUCGAAAUGGAAAUGGAUCGCUGGCUAGCGAGACUUCCCGAGAAAAUCAAACCUGACAUUGCAGGCUACAGACUUUCUCGCAGUGCCCUGCGGGAUCCCAAAUGGGCAAGGAGACAGAGACUUGUGUUGGGAAUCCGUGAGUUCAAUUGCUCUUCUUGGAGAUCUUCCACUGACCCUUCAGGGUACUAUAAUGUGAAAAUGCUGCUAUUCCGGCCAUUCCUGAGCCACUUUACACGCAAGCUUCGGCAUCCUCCCACCGAGUUGGAUCAAACCAUCGACAAGUGUUUGGACUCGGCUAUGAAAACGCUCCAGGUAGUGCACGAUAUUUACCGUGUGCACACCUUCUUCCGCUGCUGGUGGUAUAAUACAACAUACGUCAUGUUCGCUACAUCGACCCUGCUCCUCCCAAUGUCAAAACUAGGCAUGUCCGCGGAGACCAUGCCGCUGCUACGGUCCGUAGAAAUGGGAGUGGAGAUUCUGGAAGCCAUGGAAGAAUCUGUGGUGGCCCGGAAGUCGGUCGAGAUCAUAAGACAGUACCUGAGGGAUUUCCGAGCGACUGGAGCCCCUCAGCCUGGAGAAGAAGAACUCCCCGCAGUUGAAACGGCCCCGGGACAAGGGUUCGAAGUGCCGGAAUGGGCCUACGGCUUCGGCUUCCCGGAUUAUUCGUUUGAAGGAAUUGCCCGGCUUUUCGACGAUGUCGGUGGCCUUCCCAUGUUGGAUGAAUAG